GUUCCGGUUGUCUUGUACGUCAGACGUUUUGUGAUACGCUCUAACAAUUUUAAAUAGCUUUUGCAAGAAAUAAUAACAUCUCCGCAUAACAGUGUUGUUCCAAAUCAACUUUGUGCAAAGGAUCGUCGAAAUACAAUCUAAAUUACACCGAAAGUUAAGUACAAAAAGUGAAAUCACUUCGAUCGUACGAUUCAUUUAUAACCUCAAAAUACUAAGGUUAAAAUAUCAAACGAACGAUUGACAAUUCAGACAGUGCUACCAACAUAAAUCGUCGGAGACACCUCAGAGUAAAUACCUACCUGGAAGACACAUUCGGAUAAUCGUACAUGAUCGUAUUCCGUUUCACGGUAAGAUGUCCACCCAGUUGUCCCCCGAAAUGUCACUGCUAUUAUCAAAAAUGACAGAUCAGUUGAAUAUACAAACAAACACUAUAACCGAAAAUAUUACGGCAGCUGUCUUACAGAAGGUAGAUGAAAAAAUCUUACCGAUAAUAGAGGAAAAUAAGAGGCUAAAGGGAGAAAUCGAAAAAUUAAGUACAAAGAUACAGAAUCUCGAAACAAACAGCAAGAGGAAGAAUAUAAUACUCCACGGGCUCCCAGAGUCAAAUGAGGAAACACAUGAGGACUUAACUACACUAGUAACUUCAACAAUGAAAGAGAUUGAUGUGCAACUUGAAUAUGGGGAAAUUGACAGACUACAAAGAUUGGGGAAAAAAGUAAACGAGGAAAGCAAAACUAGACCAAUUUUACUAACUACAACCACCUUGCAGAAAAAAAUACAAAUCCUUAAAAAUAAAAAGAAAAUGAAACAAAAUACAUAUAUUACCCAUGAUUUAACAAAAGCGGAACUACAGCUAAAAAAAGAAAAAAGGCACAUGGACAUUAAGGAAAACGAAAAACGGAAGAGAUCAGAAACCCCCAGCCCUGGCACUUCGAAUGCAAAACAAAAUACCCCAAAAAUGCAAAGGAAAAAUGCAUUUCAAUUCAUGCGCGAAAGAGCCUACUCACUCUCCGACAAAAACACUUAUAGGAAUUAAACUAACACCAGGAACUGGAAGAUCACUGAUAAAAAAAUCUCUAAAGCAUAACAUAACAACACAAAGCACCCCAACCCGGCUGGUCACCGUGGGGGAAGAAGACCACUACCCUCCAGAAAACAGAAUUCAAAACUAUAAACCCAAUACUUGCCUGCUCUAUAUUUGCACUUAUAAUGCUCGAUCACUGCUGUCGGAUGAAAGGCUUAUAGAGUUUAAAGAAUCCAUAUCACAUAUUAAGUAUGAUAUUAUUGGCCUCUCUGAAAUCAGAAGAACUGGAUACAAUAUAGUAGAAGAUUCAAAACAUAUUUUUUGCUAUUACGGAGAAACUAAAGGCCAAUAUGGAGUUGGAUUUCUAAUAAAAUCUAAAUAUAAGAACUGCAUCGAAAGUUUCAAAGGUAUUUCGGAACGAUUAUGUAUAUUAAACCUAAAAUUAUCAACAAUGGAGAUUUCUAUUAUACAAGUUCAUUUACCAACUAGCGACUCUACAGACAAAGAUAUUGACCAAUUUUAUGAAUCAUUGUAUGAAACAAUAAAAACUAGCAACAAAAAUUUAAUAAUAAUGGGCGAUUUUAACGCUCGUGUUGGUCAACAAGUACGAGGUGAAUACAAAAUCCUAGGUCAAAACUGCUACGGAAAAAGAGAUAAAAGAGGAAGCAAACUGAUCAAUUUUGCGCUAGAAAACAAUCUGACCAUAAUUAACAGCAUAUUUAACAAAAAGGAAAAAUCUCUCUGGACUUGGAUUUCCCCAAAGAGUAAGAAAAGUCAAAUAGACUACAUACUAUCCAAUAUGAGGAGCCAGUUUACCAACUUUGAAGUACUCAAUCAACUCUCCUUCGCCAGUGACCACAGACUUUUGAGAAGCACAGUAAAAAUAGAAAAAAUCAAAAAAAGUAGAGCACAAUAUGGCAGCUCAAUUAUUCAAUUGAAGAGUGCCCAGGACGAAACAAAUUAUCUUGCAAACUUAAAA